CAUUGGCUGCGGGGUCCCCGGUGUUGUUAUUUCGUUGUUGUUGUUUCGUUGUUGUUCCAAACGAGAGCGAAACGGGUGUGAGCCGAGUGUGAGAGGAGUGUGAGCUGAGCGUGUCACCUGCCACUGACAGCUCUGAGCUGUCCCUGUCACCUGUCACUCUCCCCUGUCACCUGUCACUCUCCGCUGUCCCUGUCUCCUGCCGGCUCUGGAUCGGACGCAGCCCCGGCGCAGCCCGCGCUGCGCUCCCGGCGAGGCGCUCCCGGAGACCGACACUCGCUCGCCCGAUCCCUCCUCUGCCAUGGCGCUAUGCGGCGGCCGCGGGCUGCCCGGGCUGGCGGGCACGUCCCCGGGGGUGUCCCCGCUCCCCCCGCUGUCGCUUGACGCGGGACACCCGGCGGAGCCGGGCAGGCUCUGGGACACCUCGAAGCGGCGAGGCGGGGGGCUGUCCCUCCCGCGGCUCUCGUCCACCCUGUCCCCGCAGCCGGUGGCCUCGCCCUGUGCCCGGGACUCCGUCUGCUCCCAGCCCUCGGAUGCCGGAUUGAGGCUGGACUCCCUCACACAGCACGACUCGGCGGCGGCGGAGGAAGCCUUCGAGAAAGGAAUCCUGAAUUCCAGGAGAGUUCUCCAAGGCGCAAAGCUCCAUCUGCGGAGGAUCCGCUCCUUGCCGCCGUGUCUCCUGGAAUCCAGCACGAUCCUGAAGGUCGUCUCCCACUCCGGGGAGUUCAACGUCUGCAGGGGCCGAGUGCAGAGGGGCCGGAGGGAGUCUGAGGAUGAGGAGGGCUUUGUCCCCAAGAAGCUGCCGACACUGGGUCAGCAGAGCCAUCUAGCUGCCGGCCAUGGGGCUGCCAGAAGGGACGCCCUGGCCACGAGACCCUGCUCCACAUCCAGCCUGCUGAGUGAUGCCACCAUGACCCAGAGGACUGAGAAUGUGCUGACCACAAGGAUGACAAGGAAGGAGGAGGCAGAGCUCUGUCUGGGGAAGUGCAGCAAGUGCCGGCAGCUCUUCUGCUCGCCCUCGGGGACCAGCAGGGCCAUCAGGCCCAUCUUGAAGCGGGGACACCCCUGUGAUGGGGACACCCCUGUCAAGGCCAAGCAGCACAGGAGGGUGGCCAACACCCCCUGCGAGGAAGUGUCGCUGGAGCUGGAAGAGGGGCUGCAGCAUUCCAGGUCUGCCCAGCAUGAGGAGAUCAGGAGCCUGCUGGACAGCAACGAUCAGGAGCUCAUUGGGGACUUCUCCAAGGCUCACCUCCUGCCAAUGGUGAAGGGGAAGGACCCAAGCCUGAAGUACAUCUCCCCUGACACGUUGGUGGCAGUACUGACUGGGCAGUGGAGCAGCUUCAUCGAGAGCAGCAUCACCGUGGACUGUCGGUACCCCUAUGAGUACGAGGGGGGCCACAUCAAGGGUGCUGUCAACCUGCCCCUGCAUCAGGAUGUGGAGCAAUUCCUGCUGGACCAGCCCAUCCUGCCCAUGGACACCAGCAAGAGGGUGAUCAUCAUCUUCCACUGCGAGUUCUCUGCUCACCGAGGGCCCAAAAUGUGCCGGUUCCUCAGGGAGAAGGAUCGUUCCUGUCACGAGUACCCCCAGCUCCACUACCCUGAGCUCUAUGUCCUGAAGGGGGGGUACCGGGACUUCUUCCUGCAGUACCCGACACACUGCGAACCCCAGGACUAUAGGCCCAUGGAGCACGGGACCUUCCAGGAGGAGCUGCGCCAGUUCCGCUGCCAGAGCAGGCUCCGGGCGGGAGAGUGCAGCCGGCAGGAGUUCUGCAGCCGCCUCCUGCCCCGCUGAGCGCUUGGGGGCCCGCAGCCCCUCCGGGGGCAAUGGGAGAGCUGGGGGGUUCGAGGGCUUCCCUUGGCCGGGCAAUGUGCUUUGAGUUGGUCUGGUUUCUUAGGACUGGUUUAAUGUAGAGGCUAUUGUUAGGAGUGGUUUAAUGUCUUAGCUAUUGUUCGGAUUGGGGGUUUGUGCCUUCUUUAUUGUUAGGAUUGGUUUAUUGUAUUGCUUAUUGUUAGAAUUUUGUUUUUGUCUUGUUUAUUGUUAAGAUUGUUUUUUCAUAGUCUCUGAUAUCAAACUCCUGAGGUGGAAGGAAAGAAGGAAAAAACACAGGAUACUCAAUUAGCUACAUAGAAUAUUCCUGAACUACUUUGUUUUAUACAAAAUCAAUGCACAAAGACCUUCAUAGCAUCAAAUUACUUCCUUUAUUGUAAAUGUGGCAACAACUUUAACCACAAUCCAGUAAAGGUGUUCCAUGGUUCUCCAUUUCCUUCAGAGACAAAAAGUCACCCCCAAGGAAAUAGGUGGUACUGAGAAGCAGCACAACUGGUUUCCAAUAUGGUUGCUUUUUUCUUACUGUGAAAUUUGCUGGCACAAAAUUAUUCAUACUAUGAUUUCAGCCAAAACAUAAGAGAAAAUGUCACUGGCAGAAUGGAUAAACAUCAUAAUAAUAGAGAUUUAUUUUUAUUUUGUUUCUCUUUGAAGAGACUUUUACUAUUGCUUCUAGCAGGACAGCUAUAGCAAGCUAUAGAAACUUUGCUCUUACUGCAUAUACACCAGAUACAGAGUGUAUGAGAAGUUUCUUUUUCAAAAUAAUUGAUUACACUUUCAGCUGAAGAAAAUGCAUUUCUUCCCCUCAGCAGCAGAGGAAUGAAGAUUUUAUGGUGAGAUCUUACUGGAUCAGCUUGAUCUCACUCCUUUAGUAAUAUGGUUCCAGGCUGCAAUCUUAUUAUUAUGGGAUUUUUUUAGGGGAGCAUUUAUUAAUGCAGCUUCCCUGAAAAACAAACAAAGAAAUUAUCAAAAGAAACCUCCCAAACAAGAAACAAACCUUAAGCAUCUAGCAACUAGAUUCCUUUAUAUUAAUAACAACAACAACAACAUAGAUUCAAAUAAAACUCAACUACUUUUAGAUUUAUUUUCACAGACAGGAACUACAAAAUGAUCAGGCAUCAAGCAUCUUUCAUAUACCAAGCACAGGGAAUAAUACAAAAGCCAUAUUUCUUGAUUAAUAUACCAUGGUAUAUGUUUAUAUACCAUGAAGAAACAAAUGAUUCUGCUUUCUGGAUUAGAGCCUUGAAUGGUUUAAAUAAUGGAGAGUGUAGCCAUUGCUCUUUCUUGUGCCAGCCAGCUGCACUAAGCCCAGAAAAGGUUACCCUUCGCAAAAAGCAGUGUACACAUCUUUCCAGCCUGGAAAAUGCUUUCCCCAGAACCAAGCAGUGGAUUGUUAAACUUUUGAUGCUACAAUAACUCUGUCAAAGCCUUCAGGCUGAUGUCGAUGAUAAGAUUUACAGUAGCCUUAAUAUUUAUUGAAAGAAACUAAUUGUAAUUAUAAACACCUAAGAAAAUAAUUUUAUUUUUCUGUAUUUUUUUUGUUAUUAUUAUAUUUAUGACUUUAAAAAAAUAAGAGAGACAGCACUGCCCUGGGGUUGCGUCAUAGCUAGAGGCUGACGUGUUCCACAGGAGACAUAAAUCUACCUCUGAUACCAUAAUGUGGAGCCUUCUCCUCUUCCUCCCACCUUGCAUGGCCUUGCACCUCAUCUGUCAGCUUUCUGAUUAUACCAUGGAAUGGAACUAGGGCUCAGGUUUGGAAUUUAUUUCCAGGAUUCAGCCUAUGGGUUUUGAGUACUUUCAUAUGCAAGCAUCCAUUUUUAGCUGCUGAGCAGCCUCCUAAAAUGGAUGUUUAUAAUAAAAUUGAACAUCUUCAGCUCGUAUAACUUAAUUACAUUAAAUUACAAUGCAUUAGUAUGAUGUAGAGGUACAUUUCAGAGGUGAUAAUGGUUGUUUUCCAUUAAUGUGUCCUAAUCAUCAGCAAAGCCUUGCUCACACUGAUCUUUAACCCUUUUAGAAGCUGUUGAUGGUAAUGUACAAGGCCAGGGGCACUUACAAGAAAACCUGCUGUUUGUUCACAAUCUGAAAGCACUGCUUAAAUAUUAAGGGUUAUUAUACAAUACAGUUAUAUACAAUAUCUGAUGAUCUGUUAAAAUAUGGAUUAAAAAGAAGAUAAUAUCAAAGAGAAUUAACUUUCAAUAAAGUCAGUGUUACCACACCAGUUUGGGUGUCAAACAGUACAUUUCUGCUCUUCUAAUUAUGAAGGACUAGUUGGUCAUUUUUAGUAUGGGUCUAUAUUCUUUGAAUCUACAGCAAAGUAACAACACACCAAGCCUGACUCUUUCUCCAGGAGUCUUUACAGCCUAUACUAAAGCUUCAUUAAGCUUUUGUCCUCCUCAGAGUGUCCAACUGCAUAUUCUGCUGUAGUAAAAGGGUGAUAAUAUCACUGAAUACUUUGUAUUACAGAAAAAUAUGUAGCAUCACAAGAAAUGGGUAAUAAAACUUAAUUCAGCAUUAUGAAACUUAAAA